UUGUUGACGGUCCCUUAACUCGCACAGCGCUGAAACCGAUCCGCACAGAUCUGUAGCAGUGUGUCACAGUGUCACUGUUUUACCGGGGAAAGGGAUACACUCGCGUUACACAUUUAGGCGCAUUACAGCCACCGGCGAUGCUAUGCUACAUUUGUAACUGAAAGACGGAAUAACAGCAAAAAUGACGGUGGAUUUUGAGGAAUGUAUUAAAGAUUCACCCCGAUUCAGGGCGAAUAUUGAUGAAGUUGAGACGGAUGUUGUGGAAAUAGAAGCUAAGCUUGAUAAGUUGGUGAAGUUAUGCAGUGGUAUGAUCGAAGCUGGUCGUGCGUACGUCACUGCCAAUAAACUCUUCGUCAAUGGCAUUCGAGACUUGUCUCACCACUGCAAAAAGGAGGAGAUGAUCUCAGAAUGUCUUGAAAAGUGUGGAGAGAGCCUUCAGGAAAUCGUCAACUAUCACAUGAUCCUUUUCGACCAGGCCCAGAGAUCCGUAAAGCAACAGUUGCACAAUUUCGUGAAAGAGGAUGUUCGGAAGUUUAAAGAGACGAAGAAGCAGUUUGAUAAGGUGCGGGAGGAUAUGGAGAUCGCCCAGGUGAAGAACGCACAGGCGCCUCGCAACAAACCGCACGAGGUGGAGGAGGCAACCAGCGCCCUCAUUACGACCCGGAAGUGCUUCCGACACCUCGCCCUAGACUACGUGUUACAGAUCAAUGUUCUUCAAGCCAAAAAGAAAUUUGAAAUUUUGGAUUCGAUGCUGUCGUUCAUGCAGGCUCAGUACAGUCUCUUCCAGCAGGGCUUCAACCUCUUGGAUGAGAUCGACCCCUACAUGAAGAAGUUGGCUGCUGAGUUGGAUCAGCUGGUCAUAGAUUCAGCGGUGGAGAAAAGAGAGAUGGAGCACAAACAUGCCACCAUACAGCAAAGAACUUUAAUGCAGGAUUUUGCAUACGAUGACUCCAAAGUGGAAUUCAAUGUUGAUGCUCCUAAUGGUGUGGUGAUGGAGGGAUACCUCUUCAAGAGGGCGAGCAAUGCUUUCAAGACAUGGAACAGGCGAUGGUUUUCAAUACAGAACAGUCAGUUGGUCUAUCAGAAGCGACUAAAAGACGCUUUGACUGUGGUUGUGGAGGACCUGCGGCUUUGCUCGGUGAAACCUUGUGAGGACAUUGAGAGACGGUUCUGUUUUGAAGUGGUGUCACCUACAAAGAGCUGUAUGCUGCAGGCUGAAUCUGAGAAGCUCCGUCAAGCUUGGAUCCAAGCAGUUCAGGCGAGCAUUGCUUCCGCCUACAGGGAAAUUUCUGAAAACUAUUACAUUGAGCGUUUGGACAGGACGGCGUCUCCCUCCACGAGCAGCAUCGACUCUGCCAGCGAGCCGCGGGAGCGUGUUGUCAGGGGAGAGAGCAUCCUGCAGCGCGUCCAGUCUCUGCCGGGAAACGAGAUCUGCUGCGACUGCGGUCAGGCCGACCCUCGCUGGGCCAGCAUCAACCUCGGCAUUCUGCUGUGCAUCGAGUGCUCCGGCAUUCACAGGAGUUUGGGCGUCCACUGCUCUAAAGUUCGCUCUUUAACACUCGACACGUGGGAGCCAGAGCUCAUGAAGUUGAUGUGUGAGCUUGGCAACACUGUAAUCAACCAGAUUUAUGAAGGUGCGUGUGAGGAACAGGGACUUAAGAAACCUGGUCCCAGCAGCUCAAGGCAGGACAAGGAAGCGUGGAUCAAAGCGAAGUAUGUGGAGAGGAAGUUUCUGAAGAAGAUGUGUGGCUCCGAGGCUGUGGUGGAGGGGAGCAGAAAAUCACAUCACUGGAGCGUGAAGAAAUGCAGGAGACACAACAGCUCCAUCAGAGCCCCUAAAACCCGCCGGAAAUACAGGCACGACGCUGCCAUCAUGUCGCCGGCCAAUCUCUCCGCUGCUGCAGCAGCUGCAAAGUUUCGGAGAGAGUCCUUGUUCUGUCCUGACGAGCUCGACUCGCUCUUCUCUUACUUCGACACGGGCUCAGGGCCUCGCAGCCCCGCAGGUCUCAGCAGCGAUAGCGGGCUUGGCGGCAGCACCGACGGCAGCACGGACAUACUCGUUUUCGGCUCGGUGGUGGACAGCGUCACUGAGGAAGAGUGUGAGGACUCCGACGAGUCGAGCGGGGAGGUGGAUAUCGAGCAGGAAGCGUCUGAUCCAGAGGACGCACGGGAGCUUGACCCAAAUGCGCUGCUUCAUAAGGCGUCCCGGGCCAGGAGCCUAGCGGUGAUGGCAGAGGCGCUCGCACACGGUGCAGAUGUCAACUCUGUUAGUGAGGAGGACGAAAGCAAGAGUCCGUUAAUACAAGCAGUCGCAGGGGGUUCUCUGAUAGCCUGUGAGUUCCUGCUGCAGAACGGAGCAGAUGUCAAUCAGAAGGACGUACGAAGACGAGCACCUCUGCACCACGCCACGUGCCUGGGUCACACGGGACAGGUGUGUUUGUUCCUGAAGCGAGGAGCCUCUCAGAUGGAGGUGGAUGAGAACGGGCAGGACCCUCUCAGUAUCGCCGUUCAGGCAGCCAACGCAGACAUCGUCACAUUAUUGCGGUUAGCCCGGAUGAACGAGGAGAUGCGAGAAGCGGACGGGCCCUUCGGACAGCCAGAGCCCAGUAUACCUGUGAGUCCAGUGAGGGUAAAGCGCAAGAGUUCACGAACGUCUCCACGUGUGCUGUCACCUUUCGGGAGUUUCCGCUCAUGGCUUUACACACCUCCAAAACACCAACCAGCUGUCCCGCUUAAAGUGGACGCCCUCGGAGACUCUAGCAAGACAUGAAUGACUGUGAUGAAGAUUUUACUCAUCUCAUAGGAUAAUAUAUGAACAUAUUUAAAUAAGAAUUUGUGGGUUUUUAAGCUUUUAUAGUUCUUUUAUGUUAUUUCAAAAGCCUUGUGUGAUCUGAGCGGAGUUAAGCAGCUUUGAUUCCCAGGAUUUGCUUCAAGGAUUUGCUUCCCGUAAUAAUUCAAGACAGAUUUAUUCAGAAUUCUAGAUAUUUGUGCAAUCUGUGGAUUUUAACUAUGUGAAUAAAAUGUCUAAUUCACAUGUAACCGUUCUGUAUGAUGACAGUGACAUCUAGUGAGCACAAGCUACACAAGAAUGAAUGAAAGACUUCAGGAACUAUGUUCCUUGGGUUUUAAAAAUGCUCAAGGGAACUUAGAUUUUGAUAGCAACACCUGGAAUAUACAGUGAUUCAGAAAUACCGCUUUCUGCAACAACUUUGCAACUUCAACCAUCAAAAUGUAAGAAAAUAUCCAAAAUAAUAAGCAAGGAAAAAAUGUGUAACAACUUUUACAUUACAAAUAGUUAUCAGUUUUUAGAAUUGCGCCUUUUAAUUUGUUGAAUCUUUCAAUUGCCAUUUUUAUAGACCCCAUUUAAUGGCUUGAUGAGCUACUUCAUGUUGCUGUAUUUCCUGUUGAAACAGGAAGUUGGGGCAGGAUGUUUUGAUUAUAUAGCAAAUGCUGUCAUGUUUUAUAACAGAUAGAGAUCCAUCACUUGAGAUUUUGCUUCCUAAAAUGAUAGUCAACUUAUCCUAAAGAUUGUUUGUUAUUGUCAGAAGGGUUUUUUAAAAUAGUUUGCCAUUAGCAUUCAUGAGACCUAACACAGGCACUGUUUACAUAAAUAAAGCAUUCCAUUUAAUAUUUUGUCCAAAAAAAAUAAAAAUCUUUAUACUUUU